GUAACGCCGCGAGCCGCUGCCGAUACCGACUUGAUGGGUUGUUGAUGGAGAGGAUUUCGAAUGUCAGCCGGGACAGUGGUCAUCGCAGGAGGAAUUCUGGCAGCAGUCAUUUUACUGACUAUCGUCGCUGUGUUGUGUUUAUGUAGGUUGCAGUAUUACUGCUGUAAAAGGGAGGAGUCUGAGAAGGAGGAAGAGGAGGAACCCGAGCUGGCCACCAUGUCUCCAUCUCGUCCUCUGGCUCUGUCCGCUCCUCCUUCACCUUCCACGCCGGAGCACUACAGCGAGCCCGAGACCUACCCUCCCACCUUCCUCACCGAGGCCAACGGGCCGGCCAGCUACUCCCCGCCGCCGCCGCCGCCGCGCCGCUGCCACUGCUCUCACGUCUUCUGCCCGGCGUGCGCCCGCUGCUCGCUGCCCUUCUACCUGCAGCACCCGGAAACGCUGUGCAACGGGGGCCGCAGGAUCAGCUACAGGACGGUACAGCAGCAGGACCUGGAGCUGCCCAUGGACUGGGCCAGUUUCUACCAGAAGCUCAACCUCAUCCGCUCCAUCACCAUGAAGGAGGUGGUCACUCACAGCGUCAGCACUGACGUGUAG